AUGACAUUUUUGGUCUUCUCUAAUCAAUCAUCUCUAGAGAAUGCUGCUAAUCAGAAGACUUUAUUUUUGGAGGAGCACAAUGUGUUGAGGUCGAUGCGAAGUGGAUUUUGUGUGUACGACACGAGGGGGUUUGAGUAUGAUCGAGUUGAUGAGAGUCUUGAAGAGUUGUCAGAAUGGAUAACUGAUGGAGUUCACCAUAACCAGCUCUGCUUGAGAUCAGGGGACCGUUUGUCAUCGAGUAAAGAUGAAUUGGGGAUUAAUUUCUUAAGAUCUUCUUCGCAGUUUGCAAAUCGAAGGGUGAAUUAUGUUAUGGUGGUGGCGAAUGUUGCAGAGAUCUAUAAAGCUCUAAAAGCAAGUGACAGCAAUCCACUGGAGGCCUUGAGACAGCUCUUCUGUUCACCGGCAUUGCGGAAACGCAAUGAGGACCCUAUCUUGAUACUGACUCAUGGUGACAAGUUAUCAAUGGAGGACCGAAUCGAUGGGCGGUUGAAAAUUUGUGAAUAUCUGGGUAUAAUGGAGACUACUGGAGUUUAUGACAUUGUUUGCAUUACAGAGUAUGGACUCCUUGCAGAGGAAUUCGAUCCCAUUUCAGCUUAUGCUCUAACUGAAGCGGUUUACAGGGCAUUGCUCAUGUCUGACAGGAGUCAUCUUCCAAAGAGAAGGAUUUGGGACUGGGCUGUGCUUGUGUUGUCUUUUUUUAUGUGCUGCUUGGGUGCUUUCUUUGCUUUCCUUGCUCACUUUUUCAACAAGCUUGGCCAGAGGGAUAAACUGAAACUGUGA